AUGGAGAAGGAGCAGUUCCGUGGCUGUGAUGUAGGCGUGAAGUUGAGUGAACUGUCAUUCAAUAUCCCCAAUGCUAUUGAUGUGCGGAAACAAAGUCACAUCCAAUGCAUAAACAAAAUGCUUUACGAUUCAAAUGCCGGCAAAUCACGAAAGCCGGCCGUCUUCGGGGUGUUGGACACCAGACUUGGCACGAGUCAGAAGGACUUGAAGUGCGAGACGUGCGGACACGGGUUGGCCGAGUGUGUCGGACACUUCGGUUUCAUCGACUUAGCGCUUCCAGUCUUCCACGUCGGGUACUUCCGGUUUAUUGUCUAUAUCCUGCAGUCCAUCUGCAAGAAGUGUUCGCGAUGUCUGCUUCCCAUAGAGUCUCGCAAUCGAUACGUUUGGAAGUUUCGAAAACCGGACUUAAGUUUUCUGGAGAAGAAGGCCAUCCAUAAAGAGAUGGUCGACAAAUGCAAAAAAGUCAAGUGUUGUCCCUUUUGUAGCGCUUUCAACGGACCCGUUAAGAAGAUAUCGCUCUAUAAGAUCAUACACGCGAUGACACCGACCACUACAUCCAAGUCCAAGUCCGAAGACAUAAUGAUUGAGAACUUCACAGAAAUCGCGUUCAAUAACGAAGAGAUCAUUGAUUUCAUUAAGAAAACAAAAUCAGAACUUUUAGAUCCGAUCCGUGUCUUGGAUUUAUUUAAACGAAUUCCUGAAAAGGAUUUCCCAUUUCUAGUCAUCCGUAGUCAUAGACCUGAGGAUCUAAUCUUAACGCGAAUCCCUGUCCCGCCCUCUUGUAUAAGACCGUCAGUGAUCAGUGAGUUGGAGACGGGAACCAAUGAGGACGACCUGACCAUUAAGUUGAGUGAAGUGAUAUUCGUGAACGACAUUAUAGCCAAACGCAAGUCCAGUGGCGCUCACAUGGGAAUGAUUGUCGAGGACUGGGACUUCCUUCAGCUCCAGUUAGCCCUCUAUAUAAACAGUGAAAUCUCUGGAAUUCCUUUCAAUAUGAGACCAAAGAAGCCGAGCCGUGGGUUAGUGCAGCGCCUGAAGGGAAAACACGGCCGCUUUCGCGGCAAUCUCAGCGGCAAACGCGUCGACUUCUCCUCCAGAAGUGUCAUCAGUCCUGACCCUAACCUCCAGAUCGAUGAGGUGGGAGUUCCCGAACAUAUCGCCAAAAUACUGACAUAUCCCGAACGCAUUUGCAUUGAAAACAGAUUUUUAAAAUAUGGUAAUCGAAAGGCAGUUGCGGGUAAACUGAAGAACGGGGAUGUCGUAGAAAGGCAUUUGUGUAACGGAGACAUUGUCUUAUUUAAUAGACAGCCAUCACUUCAUAAACUGAGUAUAAUGUGCCAUAAAGCGAAAGUGCAUAAACACCGGACUCUUCAGUUCAAUGAAUGUGUUUGUACGCCAUAUAACGCCGACUUCGAUGGCGACGAAAUGAAUUUGCAUUUAUUGCAAACAGAAGAGGCAAAGGCUGAGGCGUCUGUUCUCAUGGGCACGAAGAACAACAUUCUGACCCCAAGAAAUGGCGAGCCAUUGAUUGCCGCCAUUCAGGACUUCAUAACCGGUGCUUACCUUCUGACUCAAAAAGAUGUAUUCUUUGACCGCUCGAAAGCCAUUCAAAUAAUCUCAUCGAUUAUGGCGGGAACCGAUUCGAAGACAAUGAUUGAUUUGCCAAAGCCAUGCAUUAUGGUUCCCUGUGCUCUCUGGAGUGGGAAACAAAUAUUUAGUUUAAUUUUAAAACCCAAUAACUCGAGUGAUUUGAAUGUCAAUCUUAGGACUAAAGGCAAGAAUUAUUGCGGAAAAGACGAAGACUUGUGUGUUAACGACUCGUUUGUUGUCAUCAGAAACAGUCAAUUGCUGUGCGGUUGUGUUGAAAAGGGCACAUUAGGCUCCGGUUCUAAGAAUAAUAUAUUUUACUGUGUUUUACGUGAAUAUAAUGGCGAUUACGCGGGACUUGUUAUGUGGCGAUUAGCCCGAGUGGCCAGUUAUUUCAUUGCUCAAAGAGGCUUUUCGUUGGGAAUCGAAGACGUGACGCCCACUGCGGGACUUAUGGCCGCUAAGUCUUUAUUGUUUGAAAAGGGAUACAAGAAAGUAGACGAAUAUAUCGCCAAAUUAAGAGACGGAAAGUUAGAGUCAAUGGCCGGACGAUCUCCCGAAGAAACAUUGGAAUCAAUGAUUAAUAAGGAAUUGUCUGAGAUUCGAGACCACGCGGGAAAGGCGUGCGUCAAAGAACUCGGAACUAAAAACUCUCCGCUUUUGAUGGCAAUGUGCGGCUCUAAAGGCUCUCUUAUUAAUGUCUCCCAAAUGGUGGCCUGUGUUGGGCAGCAGACCAUUAGAGGAGAGCGCGUUCCCGACGGCUUUGGUGACCGAACUCUCCCUCAUUUUGGACACAAAGAGAAGUCUCCGCUCGCGAAGGGAUUUGUAGAAAACAGCUUUUAUUCGGGACUCACGACAACUGAAUUCUUUUUCCAUACAAUGGCCGGAAGGGAAGGACUGUUAGACACAGCCGUCAAGACUGCGGAAACCGGUUAUAUGCAGAGACGCUUAGUUAAGGCGCUCGAGGAUCUGGUUUCCCAUUACGACGGAUCCGUUCGAAACUCUUGUGGAGAUGUUAUUCAGUUUAUUUAUGGCGACGACUGUCUGGACCCGUCUAAUAUGGAAGAGAGCUCUCGGCUCAUCAAUUUGGAGCGUCUUCUUCAACAUACAUGUGCUGUCCAUUCGUGUAAAGAAGAGCCGCCCCUUUCAUGCCAUGAAAUUAGAGAAUCGUAUGAAAAACAGAUGAAUGAAAUGAAUUCAAAUGUUUCCUCAGAUUUCAGGAAAGAGUUGAAAGUAUUUUUGGAGAACUUUAUAGAAAAACUCGACAAAAUUCAGAUGCGUUUUGAUAGUUAUUGUGAUAAUAAAGCGGUGAAAGAAAUCCAGAGAUUAACGAAAACACAACUCCAAAAGUUUUUGUUUGCGUGUGGGGACAAGUACUUGAGGGCUCGCAUAGAGCCGGGAACAGCUGUCGGUGCCAUCUGUGCUCAGAGUAUUGGAGAACCGGCCACUCAAAUGACACUAAAGACGUUUCAUUUCGCUGGCGUCGCCUCAAUGAACAUCACUCAAGGAGUUCCGCGAAUCAAGGAAUUAAUUAACGCCAACAAAACCAUUUCGACGCCAAUUAUUUGCGCCAUUCUUCAGAACAAUACGAACCCAGAGAUGGCCAGAGCUGUGAAGAUGCGCAUCGAAAAGACCACUUUAAGAGAGGUCUGUGAAUAUCUGGAAGAAGUGGUGACCAGAGAUGACUGCUUUGUUCUCAUCAAGCUAUAUAUGGAUCGAAUCAAAUUGCUUAACUUAGAAGUAAACGCUUAUUCAAUACAGGAAUCGAUUGCAAAGCAAUUAAGAAUAUCUUUGAAUAAGAUAUCUAUUGUGGACGACGAGGAGUCGAUGCUUACGGUUUCGGCCAUUAAUACCGACACCUGGACUCUGAGAGAGGCCUUGUGUAAGGUUGUGAUCAAAGGCUGUGAUAAAGUGAGACGAGCGGCCAUUCGUGACAAUAGCGGGGAAUACUAUCUCAUGAUUGAAGGCGAGGGACUGCGAGAUGUUAUGGCCACCUAUGGGGUGGACCCCAGAAAAAGCUAUUCUAAUAACAUUAUGGAAGUGUCGCACACUUUGGGCAUCGAAGCCGCGAGAACUAUGAUUAUCAAAGAGAUUAAGUCAACGAUGGAAAACCACGGCAUCAGUAUUGAUGAAAGACAUCUCAAACUAUUGGCCGAUACCAUGACCUAUAAGGGAGAGGUGUUGGGUAUCACUCGCUUCGGUCUCGCGAAGAUGAAGGAGUCGUCAUUAAUGUUGGCAUCGUUUGAACGGACAGCUGACCACCUAUUCGAUGCGGCCUAUUAUGGACAGGUAGACCACAUACUGGGUGUUUCCGAAUCGAUCAUAUCUGGAAUGCCUAUGCGUUUGGGCACCGGUUUCUUUGAUUUGCUCCAGAAGUCAGACGAAGACAUCGACCAAUUCCACUGGUCUGUGGAUGGACUGAUGGGCACCUGUUAUGCGAUCUUUUCAAAGGAAUCACACGAGAACCAGAUGUGUGCCAUUCAGUGGACACCCAAUUACUUCCAUAUGGGACUGGAAGGGAAUUACAUGACAAAAGACAUCGAAAUACAAAACAUUAAGAGUUUCGACAGAUUUUACAGAAAAGCUCUGAAUAUCGAUCGAAACGAUAAGACAAGUAUUCCUCUCAUAAGUGAGUCCCUGUGCUGUCCAUCAGACUUAUGGCUCAUAUUAAGUGAUCUUCAAUCGCACCACAGGCCCGACCAAACCCUUCCACAAACCCUUCCAGAUGGGGGUCACCACUGCCUACCAAUUCUGUAG